ACAGUUGUGCGUCGUAAAGCGCUAGCGUCUGACUGAUCCUGUCCACACGUGAGAAUUGUGCCGACAACUAAAAGUUGUCAUAUGCAUGGGAUUAAAACGAUUGCCUGUUGAACAACCAGUGAAUAAAUAAAAGAUGAAAGCAACAGCCGAGGAGCAGAUGGCGCAAUCAGAGUCUUCACACGAUGAGGAAGAUGAGGGCCCGACCAGGGCCAAAAGGGGUAAGCCCGAGGUGGUCCAGGACGGGUUCCCCCGUCCCGUGAAGUUGUCGCGCGGUGACCUCUACAAACCUCCCACCGCAGAUGAACUAAACCAGCUCAAGGAGGCCGAGAGCCUCUUCCACUGCAGCCUGCUCAAGAUGCAGAUGGAGGAGCUGCUGAAGGAGGUUUCCCUGAGUGAGCGCAGGAAGCAGCUGAUUGAUUCUUUUGUCCAGAGUGUCACUGAGCAGCUCCAGACUGUACCACAGACUUCUGAAAUGGAGCUAAGUGACUUGUCAUGGUUGUCAGGAGGGGUGAAGGUCCCCUUUGUCUUGGUGCCAAAGGCAGCCAAGGGCAAGUUUCACAUGGCACCACCCAUAUCUGUUACCAUCAUGGGCAGCUACCCACUGGGCACCUGCACCAAACCAGGCAUUUCUGUUGAUCUGGCAGUCGCUAUUCCUGCUGAUGUCCUGCACCCUAAAGAUGCCCUAAACCAGAGGUACCCACGGAAGAGGGCGAUUUACCUGGCAGGACUGGCACAACAUCUUGCCGCCUCUCCCGCCAUCGGGGCCAUGCGGUACUCAUGUCUCCAUGGCAACCGCCUCCGUCCUAUCCUGUUGCUCUCCCCUCCAGGCAAAGACUCCUCCAGCUUCACCUUGCGACUCCACGCCUGCCCUCCACCGGGCUUCUUCAAGCCCAGCCGCUUCCACCCCCAGAGGAACAACAUCCGCACCGACUGGUAUACUGGCCUGGGGAGCUCUCAGCCAGCGACGAGUGAGCCGCCCACUCCCCACUACAACAGCUCUGUUCUUGGGGACAUGCUCCCCAGGGCCCACCUGCAGUUCCUGACCGCUGUGAGCUCCCAGUGUGCCGCCUUUGCAGAGGGAGUGGCCCUGCUCAAAGUGUGGCUCAGACAGAGGGAGCUGGACCAGGGCGUUGGGUGUUUCAGUGGAUUCCUGGGCUCCAUGCUGCUGGCCUACCUCCUCUCCUGCCACAGAGUCAGCAACACCAUGACAGCCUACCAGCUGCUCCGCAACAGCCUGCAUUUCCUGGCUUUCAACGACCUGACAGAGAAUGGAAUUACCCUAGCCAAAGGCCCAGAUUCAACAGCGCCCUCUCUCGCCGAGUUCCACACUGCUUUCCAGGUUGUUUUUGUCGACCCCUCUGGACACCUCAACAUGUGUGCUGACAUGACAGCCUGCACCUACAAACAGGUGCAGCAUGAGGCUUCUCUGUCGCUGCAGUUUUGGGACGACCCCACCGUGGAUGGAUUCCAUGCCCUACUCAUGACCCCCAAACCCAUGAUCAGGACCAGUGACCAUGUCUUCCAGCUGUGUGAGCUGGUCAAGCUGCAGUCCUGCUGUAAGAAACUCAACCUCCUCAGUGAACUCAUGGACCACAGUGGAGACUACGUCCUCACCGCACUCCCCUUUAUCCUCUCCCUCCUGCAACGAGGACUGGGCCAAAGGGUCCGCCUCCUCACCCACUCACUGACCCCUGACCCUGAGUGGCCGGUGGAGAGUGAUGCUCCGAAGCACAGCGCCCAGCCACCCCUGUCCUUUGGCCUGCUGCUCAACCCAGAACAGGCGGCCUCUGUACUGGAGAGAGGACCCCCAGCCGAUAGUCCCAAGGCUGAGGAGUUCAGGCAGCUGUGGGGGUCUCGCUCUGAGCUGCGUCGGUUCCAGGACGGUGACAUCACAGAGGCUGUGGUGUGGGAUGGAGAGACCACCUGUCAGAAGAGACUGGUCCCACGCCAGCUCAUCACACACCUGCUGCAGCUUCAUGCAGAUAUACCAGAAUCCUGUGUGAGAUACAUUGGAGGGAUGCUGGAUGAUGUCAUCAAAGUGGGGCACGAGGUGUGCAGUACUGGUGAGGAGGAGAGUCUGAAGGUGGUUCAGUCAUAUGAUGAUCUAAGCAGGAAGCUGUGGAGGCUGGAGGGGCUUCCCUUGUCCAUCACUUCAGUGCAGGGGGCCCACCCAGCCCUGCGCUACACCCAGGUGUUCCCCCCAGUGCCCCUGAAGCUGGACUACUCAUUCUUUGACAGAGAGAAGUUGUCCCGGUCACUGGUACCCCAUGAGGUCAAACCUUGCCCUGUGUACAUCACCCCUGUCAAAGUGAUCUGCCACAUGGAGGGCAGUGGGAAGUGGCCUCAUGACAGAGUGGCCAUCCGCCACAUUAAAGCAGCCUUCCACAUCAGCCUGGGAGAACUGUUAACCCAACACCACCACUACACCUGCCAGCCCAGUCCCACACACCUGGAUGUGUGGAAGGAUGGCUUGGUGUUCAGGAUCCAGGUAGCGUACCACCGGGAGCCUCAGGUCCUGAGGGAGAGUGUUAGUCCAGAGGGGCUGCUCAUCGUCAGGGACAACGCGGAGGCUCAGGCCCUGGAGAUGGCCACCAUGCAGCGGCCCCUACUCACCAGUACUCUGCACGGGCUCCAGCAGCUUCACCCAUGCUUCGGGGCGGUGUGUCGCCUGGCCAAGCGCUGGCUGGGAGCGCAGCUCUUUAGCGAUGACAUCACAGAGGACACUGCUGACCUGCUGGUGGCGUUCCUCUUCCUGCAGCCGGCCCCCUUCACUCCUCCAGGGUCUCCUCAGGUAGGUUUCCUUCGCUUUCUCCACCUACUCUCCUCCUUCGAUUGGAGAAAUAACCCCCUGGUUGUCAACCUCAACAGCCAGCUCACCGCUGCUGACUACACUGAGAUCAAGAAUGACUUCAUAGCCUCCAGAGAGUCUCUGCCUGUUAUGUUCAUGGCCACACCCAACGACAAGAAAGUCUCCAUUUGGACCAAGCAGGCUCCCACUGUGCAGAUGUUGCAGCGUGUGGUGAUGGUGGCUGCAGAGAGCCUGAAGAUCCUAGAACCUCAGCUGAUGGACACCAGCCAGAUACAGGAUGUCAGGGUGGUCAUGCGGCCUCCAUUGGAUCCCUAUGAUGUCCUGAUCCACCUGAGCCCCAAGCAGGUGCCCUUACUGAGCCAGGCAGUGGACCCGCCUCAUGCCACCUUCAGCAGGGGCAUCCUGGCUGGCAGAGUGGCCAACACGGGAGGGGCACUGCCCGUCAUCGACUUCAACCCCGUCACCCACUACCUGGCAGAGCUCAGGGAUGCAUUUGGAGACCUGGCUCUGUUCUUCUAUGACCCCUAUGGCGGCACUGUGAUCGCGGUGCUAUGGAAACCCAAAGCCUUCAGCCCACUGCCGUUCAAGACCUCCCAGAUGGUGGCUCGUCGUGUGGAGGUGAGUGGGGAGGAGGCUCACACUGUCCCCAACGUGGAGGCCAUCCUGGAGGAUUUCAGGGUCAUGGGCCAGGGCCUGGUGAAGUCGGUGGAGCCAAGGACRGAGAGAUGGGUGGUGUAGUGUAGACUGAGGUCACACACCCCCACACACACAUGUACCGUGAUCAUAUUUUAACUUG